ACAAAAAGUAGCCUUUUAGUCUUCAUUUAAUGUUAGGAAUAAGGUUAGCACUGUGGUUAAGAUUGGGGUUAGGUUAAAAGAUUAAGAAGAUAACUUGUAGAAAUGGGCUGGGUUUAGCCAUAAUUAUGACUUUGUCGCUGUGUUAACUAGUGACGACUGGCGGUGUCCUCAUGCUAGCGAUUGUUUUGAACUUACAGUAUCAACUGGAAAUCGGAGUUGCAUAGGUGUGACCACUUGCUGUGAUGCAGAGACCACCAGUUCUACAGUCAUGCUGAACACACUGUUGGAUAGACACACAGACUGACGAUGGACUGACCGGUCCUCUCCACCAGUCCCCUCCCCCUCCUCUCUGUAUUUGUGCCUGCUGGAACCUGGUCAGUGGAUCCUCGUGCGCUGUGCGUCAUGGCGUCCAACGGUUGGGCUGGAAGACAUUCCCUGUGGCGGUUCCUUUCGCUGUUUCGAAGCAGGCAGGAGCGUGUGGUGCUGGCACGCAGCGAGAGCAUGCCGGGGGAACACGUGCUGAAGAUCACCAUCACAGAGACCACGAUAAUCGAGGCAGAUUCAGGGGUAUGGAACUCCAAGUCGCUGGUCUACCUGGGCCUGUGGUACUUCUUCAGCUUCUGCACACUUUUCCUCAACAAGUACAUCCUAUCUCUGCUAGAGGGGGAGCCAAGCAUGCUGGGCGCUGUUCAAAUGGUCUCCACCACCAUCAUAGGCUUUCUGAAGAUGUAUGUGCCUUGCUGCCUAUACCAGCACAAGUCCAGGACUGAGUACCCCCCCAACUUCCUCAUGAUCAUGCUGUUUGUGGGGCUCAUGAGGUUCACCAGUGUGGUGCUGGGUCUGGUGAGCCUGAAGAAUGUGGCCGUUUCCUUUGCAGAGACGGUGAAGAGCUCUGCGCCCAUCUUCACUGUCAUCAUGUCAAGGCUGAUCUUGGGGGAAUACACAGGUAUGUGGGUGAACCUGUCCCUCUUUCCUGUCAUGGCUGGUCUGGCCCUCUGCACGGCAACAGAGAUCAGUUUCAACAUGCUGGGCUUCUCCGCAGCCCUCUCCACCAACAUCAUGGACUGUUUACAGAAUGUUUUUUCAAAGAAGCUACUAAGUGGAGACACCUACAAAUUCAGCCCUCCAGAUCUGCAGUUCUACACCAGUGCAGCUGCAGUCAUUAUGCUCAUACCUGCCUGGGUCUUCCUCAUGGACAUUUCAGUGAUUGGGAAGAGUGGGCGUUCGUUCAGCUGGAGUCCAGACAUCGUUCUGCUGCUGCUGUUUGAUGGGGCCCUGUUCCACCUGCAGAGUGUCACCGCCUACGCCCUGAUGGGACGCAUCUCUCCCGUCACCUUUAGUGUAGCCAGCACGGUGAAGCAUGCCCUGUCUGUCUGGCUGAGCAUCAUCUUGUUCAGUAACCACAUCACGGUGCUCAGCGCUGCCGGCACGGCCCUGGUGUUUGUGGGCGUGCUGCUGUACAACAAGGCCAAGCAGUUUCAGAGACACACCUUAAAGGCCCUGGCCCACGCCCAGGCUCAGGGCCACAACUACAAACCACUACUGCAGGAUCACAAGCUCAAAGCAUCGGACCGAUAGACUUCUCAGGAGACCAAGGGGGGAGAGACCAAAGAGGUCUCUUCUCUCUAACUUUGAUCAUGUAGAACCUGAUACGCAGACGAUUUGACUAGACCAUGUUUUGACUCGCGCCAGCAUUAUGACGAAUGAGGGAAGUCAGCGGUCAUCAUAGCACGGUAGAAGGAUCUGUCACUCAAGUGAGGUUUCGUUCAGUAGGAAUUGUCCAUUUGAGAGGCUAGUUUCUCUUGAGGUUUCAUUCGGCCUCACUGAUGCAUUCUCUGAUACCUAUGUGAACUUGUCUUAGUGUGUGGUCUGACCGCGGCCCACUGUUUGACUGUGGACUGGUGCAGGUGUGAGCAAACUUUUUGGCUUGAGGGCCACAUCCGGAUUUCUAAAUUGAACGGGGGACACACAAAAUCUAUUUUUGGGCCAGAAACAUUCCAGUUGUUUUUAAAUAUAUAGGUCCAUUUAUAUUUCGACAUACUUUCUAUCUAGUUUUAGACGUUCAAGUGUGGCCUGGAGUGUAAUUUUUUUUUUUAACCCAAAACAAUUUCCCCCCUCCCCAAAAAACGACUUAUUUUAAUUUGUUUAUUUUUACCUCCUAUGGGUCGGAUUGAAUGGGCUCAUGGGCCGGAUCCGGCCAGGCCGUAGUUUGCCCACCCCUGGGGCCUCAUUUAUCAAAGUUGCAUGCGCACAAAAAAAGACUAAACUUUCCUGCGCCAGUUAGGCCUCAAAGUUUGGUGUUUAUCCAUUUUGAACUUGACGGGAAAGUGUGAGUAUCUCCACGCAAAUCUCAGGCCAAGCGUACACACUACUUCUAGUGGUUGAUCAACUAUAUUGCAAGCAAAUAUUGUUAUUUCUUUCUCGUCUGAGUGUGCCAGAGCGCAGAAUAACUGAUGAAUUUACGAACGCUCAACACCCGUUGAAUAUGGCCGGUGUCAGUAAACGUCGGCAAA